AUGAACUCCGCCUAUGGGAAGACCCAUGAAGAGCCGCUCUGGGGCUUAGCGAAACCGCUUCCACGCGUGGUCCUGGCCGUGAGAGUCAGUGCCGGUGCCAGAGUUGGAUGUGACUCCAGACAGGGAGACGAGCACGGAAGGGAUAACCCGGGCGUCUUGAGUCCGGCCACAGCCAGCCGGGGUGACGGUGGUAUGCAUCAGGAGAUGUCGGAUAUGGACUCUCGCGACCGAGUGUCGCGUUCAGUCGAGGAUGAAGUAAAUGAGGAUGAUAACAAGCCGUAUGGAGGCCAGUCGGAGUACUUUAAUCGGUGGUCCAUGCCAUAUCCACUAGAGGUAAUGCGGGCAACAAACUCACCCUGUACUGGGCAUGGGGGCUGGCGAUCACGGUGGGCAUCUACCUUACCGGUGGGGUUAGCGGUGGACAUCUCAACCCGGCCAAACGGUGUCCUGCGUCACGUAGAACAUUUUGAUAGCAAGGCGAUGGUGCAGGAAUUCAUUGAGGCUAACAAAGGGGAUAUGAUUGCGUCGUAUUUCCGGCCGGCCAUGUUUUUGAGCUUUCUUCCAAAUUUGAUCCGCAAGCGAGACGGGACGCCAACGAUGAUCUUGCCAUUCCCGUCUGAUUCCAUCUCCUGGCCCUUCAUUGAUCCCCCUCAGGAUGGUGGCAAGUACGUUCUAGGGCUCUUCGAAGGCGGAUCAGCAACCUACCGCGUUCAGGUCAAUGCAGUUAGCUGUUGGACAACUCCAAAGGAGCUCGCAUCAGCCUUGACCAAGGAUUCCGGGCGCAAUGUUGCCUUGGAGAUUGUAGAUCCGGAAACCUUUGCGAGGGAGUUCCCGAGAACAUUGCGGCGGAGCUGA